CAGUUUUCUUCCUUCCUUCAAUCCUUUCAAUUUUUUUUUCUCAGAUCUCCAAUUGAUAAACAAUAAUCAAAAAUCACAGACGAAAAAUCGUAAAAAAAAAAAAAAUGGUGCGAAUCAGUAACAAUUUAGUCGGAAUUCUGAACAUCGUGACGCUCCUCCUCUCGAUUCCGAUAAUCGGCGGCGGAAUAUGGCUGUCGAAGCAGGCGAACACGGAGUGCGAGCAGUUUCUCGACAAGCCGGUGAUCGCGCUGGGUGUGUUCAUCCUGCUGGUCUCCAUAGCCGGAUUGAUCGGAUCUUGCUGCAAGGUUUCGUGGCUGCUGUGGGUGUAUCUAUUGGUGAUGUUCCUGUUGAUUCUGCUGCUCUUCUGCUUCACCGUUUUCGCGUUCGUGGUGACGAACAAGGGCGCCGGCGAGGCGAUUUCGGAGAGGGGAUACAAGGAGUACAGGCUCGGCGACUACUCGAAUUGGUUGCAGAAGAGAGUCAACAACCACUGGACCAAGAUUAGGAGCUGUUUGGUUGACAGUAAGAUUUGCCAGAAGCUGCUUGAUUCUGGCUCUACUCCUGUUGAAGUCUUCUACAAAGAACGCCUCGGCGCUCUUCAGUCGGGUUGUUGUAAGCCAUCGAACGACUGCAAGUUUGAGUACUCGAGCCCGACAAACUGGACGCAAACAGGAACAUCAACAUUGAAUGCAAAUCCAGAUUGCAGUGUAUGGAGCAACGACCCAAACGUGCUCUGCUACAACUGCCAAUCGUGCAAGGCUGGACUGCUCGACAAUAUCAAGAGCGAUUGGAAGAGAGUUGCUGUCAUCAACGUUAUAUUCCUCGUCUUCCUCAUCAUCGUCUACUCCAUCGGAUGUUGUGCUUUCCGAAACAACAGAGAGGAUAAUUCUUGGAAACGCUACCCUUGAAGAACCCCCCAUCGUGUGUUUAAUUGUUAAGGUUGUGUUUUGAGUAGAGAGAUAUAUAUUCGAUUCCCUUUCGAAACCCUUUUUUUUUUCUUCGUUUCUUGCAUUUUUUUUCGUAUAUCAUCAGAUAUUGUUCUUGCUGGUUUUUAUUAGGUGUACAGUGAUUUGCCUCUCUAUUCAGAUUCAUACCAUAUUGUGUUUACUAGA